UAAUUCGCGGAGGGAUCCCUGCUUGUCAGAACCAUGGUGAGAUCGCAGGGAAGGCAGUGAACAGGAGAGAGAGAUCUAACGUAUAGCUCAAACCUUCAAUAGGACGGAGACGCUUCGCCGCGAGGAGGUCCUGCCGUGAACAUCUCGGAAAGCCAAUGUUAACUUUCGGAUAGUAUCGCCCCGCUAGACCGUCUAGCGUUCGUGGGAGCUGGCUUUCAGCUGACUUACUGGCGUUCUGCGGUGGAAAUAGCACAAAAAAAUGUCGUCUCCGAGUCCGGGCAAAAGGCGAAUGGACACCGACGUGGUGAAACUCAUCGAGAGCAAGCAUGAAGUCACCAUCCUCAGCGGACUCAAUGAAUUUGUAGUGAAGUUUUAUGGACCACAAGGAACGCCGUACGAGGGAGGUGUGUGGAAAGUGCGAGUAGACCUCCCCGAUAAAUACCCAUUCAAAUCGCCAUCAAUAGGAUUCAUGAACAAGAUUUUUCAUCCCAACAUUGAUGAAGCGUCAGGAACAGUGUGCUUAGAUGUCAUCAACCAGACAUGGACAGCUCUUUACGAUCUGACCAACAUCUUUGAAUCGUUCCUGCCCCAACUGCUGGCUUACCCAAACCCCAUCGACCCCCUCAACGGCGACGCAGCGGCCAUGUACCUUCAUCGGCCAGAGGAGUACAAACAAAAAAUCAAAGAGUACAUUCAGAAAUAUGCAACAGAGGAAGCUCUGAAGGAGCAGGAGGAGGGGACCGGUGACUCUUCAUCCGAGAGCUCCAUGUCUGAUUUCUCAGAAGAUGAAGCCCAGGACAUGGAGUUGUAGUAAUUAAAGGGCUCCCUCCCAAUCACUCCCUCCCUUCAACCCCCACAGAGACUAUAUUUGAUUUCCUAACCGCGAGAAAGCAGACUUAUAAUAUUCAUAUUUAAACAAGUUGAUUUUUUUUUUUUUUUUUUUUUUUUUUUUUUUUAUUACUACUAAACAAGGAUUUUUAUGGAUAUAUAGCCUUUGGUGUGUUUUGACAGACGCCCCUUCCUCUCUGUAGUCGUUUACCGCCCCACCCCCCGAUAGCGUUCACAAUCUCUGCUGCAUUUGUUCGAUGUUGUAAAAUUCCCCCCCCCCCCAUCCGAAGCGUCCAAGUUCACACGGCCAAUACUUUUUGCCGUUUCAAAGCAGUCCGCCCAGGUCGCCAGCGUGCUCCCAGCUAUCUCAGACAGUAUUUGAAAAGCAGAACUGGAUGACUUUGAAGCAAAAAACUGGCUUCGCUUGCAAAUUUCAAACAAACACAUUGCGCAGGUCCCUCCUCGUCCCCCUCUGCCGUGCUGGUGGCGCUGCUUCCAGCUUUUCUCGCACUUUCUGACUGCCGUCGAAACGAAGGCAAACGGGGCAAAACGCGCAUUCUUUUGUUUUUAUUCAGGUUACAGGACUCUGUUUUAAGGCACUCAGUAGACACUCAUUAACAAAAGCCGAGUACUUGUUUGGGAACAUUAAUGAAGAAAAGUCUGGGGAAAAAAACGAGGUUUCUUUUCAGUUUAGAUGUCGGAUGUUACAUAUUUUCAUUUUAUUUCAGUCUUCGACCUUCUUGGUGUUAAGAAACAAGCGGAUGUCAGAAAACGAAACAGCCGCGUGCCUCAUUACGGCAUAACGCGGGUUGUUCUGGGUAUUUGAUUUCAACACGCAGCUUAUUUGGUCAAAAUGAGACUCUACAGUCUCUAAUAAUAGAAUAAAGUGAGCCUUGUUGGUCAGGAAGCAGCUCGUCCCUGUUGCUGAAAACCAGCACCAAGGUGAGUUUUAAACUGCAAGGCAGCCUAGUGAUCUUAGAGGUUUUGGGUUGAUCCAGGUGAAAAUGAAGAGUGCUUUUUGUUCUUUUUCGGGGGGGUUUCUUUGUCGCUACAUACAGGUUAGUCCUUCUCACAUUCCCACCGCUGCUGUCCCAUACCAUUUGUAAUCGGUCCAGUCUGCGCUGCGUUCCAGAGGCAGUCUGCUUUUACUAAGAUCUUUUGGAUUCCUUGGUCGAUGAUGACGGAAAAUACAUUUAGAAAUGGAGGAAUUGGACUCCUAAUACAAAAUACAACAACUCUCAGUGUGGGUAGGUAAAGAAGCCAAAAGAACAACAUUACAAAAUGCAACUAUAAAUUGGUUCAUGAAUCCAUAACUUUUAUCACUUGUACUCUUCGAAAGAUCUUUUGACUUGGUGGUGAAAAGUUUGAGGGGGUUUUUUUUCUGUUGUUUUUUCUUUUUUUCUUUGUUUUAAAUAAAGUGUCUGUAUACUGCUUUUGGCUCUGGCCUCAUAAAAAAAACAGUGAAAAAUAAGAAAAACCUGAGUUUGAGCCAAAACAGACAACUUGGGUUCCAAAACAUGGACACCCAGGUUAAAAACGCAUGCUUUCUGGGAACUCACCUGAUCGAUUUAACCCCCCCCCCUCUUCUGUGCCUCAUCAUUGCAGCAUCAAGGAUUUCAGCAGAACCAUGUUUCUAAGAAGCCUUGGCAGGCUAAGACGACUCGUAUGUUCUGGAAAAGCACAUUGUUUUAACUUUCUUCCUCAUUUUAAUUCUUCCCUCGGUGCAAUUCAGUUUUGUUGUCUUUGUGAGUUGACACCAAGUUCUCGGGAAAUGACCCAGGUUUGUUCUAGCUAAUGUUUGAAGUACUCCUUGCUUCUGUUCUGCAUUGUGGUUAACCAUGUUUCACCGAGAAGGUAUUAAAAAAGAAAAAAAAAACAGAAAAAAAAAAGCUGGAAAUCAUGCAGCGAUUGUUGAGCUGUGUUUUUGCUACUUCAGGAUAGAUAGAUUUGUAGUUUGGUAAACCUUCCUGAUGAUAAGAAAUUCAAUAUUCCUCUGACUUUUCACCUUCAUAAAUAUAUAGACACAUGCGCUCGAGCUUGUACAGUUGAGUGUGAGCGAUGUCAAACUAGGCAGAUUUUAUUUUGAGCGGUAGUGAUUGUGAUGGAUCCAGGAUGUACAGAAAAGCAGAAAUGUGGCUCAGAUCUUUCUUCCGUCGGACUGUUUUUCCACUGUUUUGUGCUCUUCGACAUCAACGCGUGUGAAUGCAGAGACAUCCCUUUUGUUUUUUGGUUUAUAACAGAAGAUUUACUUUUUUUUGUUUUUUUUAAGAUGUAUAAUUUCUCUCACCUGCUGCUGUUUAGCUCUGGGUAUAUAAAAAAAAGAAGUUUCACAUGUUCAUUUCACCUAUCCAGUUCAAUGCAAAAAUGUUGUGUGUUUUAGGCAUAAAAGCUGACUUGUCAUGAAAACAUCUCAAAUUUUUUAUUAUUACUACAUGAUUUUCCUUUGGUCAAAUCUCAAUGAUAAUCAGGUCUAAUAGUGAAAAAUAUCCAGUUCAUUAAAUACACCAAAACUAAGAACCAACCAUUUUUGGCCUACGAAUGCAUCGUUGCACUUGAGUUUAACAAAUGUCAGCUAAAACUUAAUGAAAGAAUUAGAUUGUACCUAUAUGAAUGCAUCCAUUAAUGUAUCGCUGUGUGUAAAAUGCAAAACUAGUACGUCUAUCAAGCAAUUUGCACCACAUUUUCCCUGUUUUGUACAUUGUAGUCCUCGGGGGGGAAACAACUAGAGGUUAAAAAAAUGGCAUUGUUGGUCAGUAUCGGCUGGGCAAAGCCUGAUCAGUGCCUCUAAUUUGGAGAAAAAUACUUGAGCUCUGAAGUAGGUGUAUUUCUAAAAACGAUGAAUAUGAAGCAUGAAGAUGAGUUUCAUUCGAUGUAUCCAAAUGCAAAACAAAUCAUUUCACUUUCCUGCCUUUUUGCAUCCGCUUAGCACUGAGAGGUCUAGUUCUGAUCUGAUGUUGCUCUCUAUCUUGGAGCGUCUUGGUGGAAUUUAUUUAAAUCCCACUUUUUUGUUUUAUUCAACUCAAAAACGAAAGAAAAUCUUCUCGGAUUGCUCUGUCUGACACUAGCCCGAUUGUAAACGAUGGAAAACAAACUUCUAUUUUCGUUUCCUAUUCGUUUUUUUUUUUUAUCGCUUCCACGACCUCCGACUUAUAGGUUAUGCAUUAAGAGCUGGUAGUUUCGAACCUUUUCAGCGCUGACGGAUGGAUCUCUCUAAACAAAACCUCACAAUUCUGACAAUACAGCUGCAGAUCAGGAACAGCAUGGAGCUUUAAGGACAUAAUCUGUGCUCGCCUGCCCUCCCUGCUGAAUAAAAGCCAAACUUUGAAAGCCCCGUUCUCUUUUUGCACAACUGAAGAGUCAGCUGCACAAAAAAAAAAAAAAAACACACCACCUCUCUUCUUCCUCUGUUGACUGUGUCUUCUCUAGCGGUUGCAUGCUUCUCAGUGCACACCUUCACUCAGUUUCUGGUGCUUGUAUGGAUUUCUAACCCUUUCCAGGCACCCCUGCCAUCAUCAGGCCCUUCUAUCAAGCACACACAGCGUUGAACGUGUAAGUUUAAAAGGGGGGAGGGGGACAAUGUAUUUGGUACCUAUUGUGUGUUAUUUGCAGGAUUUUAAAAAGUCAAAAGGUUUUUAUUUUUCUGUUUUGUUUGAAGUUCAUCCUGGUCUUAAUUUCAUCUUAUUUUCCCUUAUUUUAUUUUUUUUUUCUCCCCCCCCUCUCCCUCGUCGUGAAGUGGGCAUGCUUUGUCAAAAAGGACAACUGCUCUCUGUUAACAGGCUUAUAAUCUCAUAAAUAGUUGUGUAUAAAAUAAACUGUUAUAACUUUUUUUAAAAUAAAACAUUCAAUAUGUA